AUGGCGCUUCUUGAUGUGAGCUGGGAGAACGAGUUGCAGGAACAAUUUUCUCUGUUGUCCGCCACCUCAGUUGAGGUUGAGAAUAAGUGCGAGACACACAUUACACAGUUAUGUGGCACUACAGACACGUAUUUGAUACACCUGUGCGAUGAAGUCCUCAUUCUCAUUUUACGAGAGCUAGACCCAAUGUCUUUGCUGAGGAUUGGAACCACCUGUAGGUCGCUAUUUCGAGUAAGUUCCUGCAACUCGUUAUGGACGAAACACUUCCAGGCCUCCUUCAAAGUCACAUUACCCACAGCCACAUGUUCAAUCUCCGCCAAAAACGCCUUCUGUCUCCUCUUCAUGUGGAGAGCGCUCUUCAGAAACCUUCACUGUAACCGGUCUCUCCAGGAGAAACUGUUCGCGGAGAUCCCCAACCCUCCACAGAAGUAUUGGAUUCAGUGGCUUGUCUUAGAAGAAAAUGUGCCUCUGCCCUCGGUUAGACUACCCAGCAUUGAAAUUGAAUCAUUAUGGGGUGUUGAUCGAGACGUGCUGGAGACCAAAGUUAAGGAGAAGUCUGAUGAAGGUGACAUUGUCAGGUUUGAAUGGAAAGAGUUGUAUAACCUGGCUGUUGCACAUCAUGGAAGUGUUGAAUUGGUGUUUCAGCACAUUCUCAACCAACACAGCAGAAAUGACCACUCUGAGCUGGAGUCGUUGUACAGGCAGUACGUGCAGUGCCGCUUCCAGUGGCUCUUCACCUACUGGCUGUUCCGGCAGCCGCCACCGUUCAACCGGCAGCUCCGCUCCAUCUACCUGCAGUGGCGGCAGCACAGCACGCGCAAGGUGUCCACCUGGGGGGAGACGCUGUGCGACGUGCGCUACCUGGCCUCGCUCCACAGCAUCACCAGCGACUACUGGAGGGGCAAGCUGGCUGGCGGGGACGAGACCCUUGGAAUCCAGACUGUGGAGAACUACUUCUCUAUGUGCAAGUCACUGGUGGCGUGGAUCCUAGGCAGAGACUGGGGGAGACUGAAACGCAAAAAGGUGUAUGAGGACACCCUGGCGGGGGUGUACCUGCUGCUGCGGCGGGAGAUGCGUGAGGCGCUGGUGGAGCAUGAGCGUUUCUGGCAUGUGGCCAAGAUGCAGAUGAGCCGCGUGUGCGUGCUGGAGGAGACGGCCGCCAACUACGUCAACUGGAAGAUGAUCGAGACGCUGCCCUACUACAAGCUGUACCUGGUCUCGGGGAACACUAUCUACCUGGACCACGUGAAGGGCUUCUUGCGCAGGAAGAGGCUGAUUCACAACUGGCUCUACCUGGAAGAGAACAUCUGGGCCAGGCAGCUCCUCCCAGACCAGCUCUUUUAUCUGCUGGAGUUUGAUACAAAGAUCACCCAGGACAGUCUGCACGGGGAUGCUACGCCUGCACAGCUGGGCCGUCUCAUCUGGCUGUACCUGCACUCGGGCCACCAGCUCUACCUGGAGGCGGUGAAGGGGAUGGUGCUGGAGUGUGCCCACACCAGUCUGGGCUUCUACCAGUACCAGGCACAGCACCAUGCCCACGGGCAUGCCCACCAGCGCUGUGCAUCCAAUGGGGGGCGAUAGCCUUGGCCCGCAGCCAGUAGCUUUUUAAAUGGAUUAAGUUUUAUAUUGCCCUCUAUUUAAAGAAAUGUUUUUAACUAUGUUUUUGUGACAUUUUCCAAGUAUGUAUUAGAGCACUUUUUGGAUGUUAGAAGCUUUAUUUUUUUUAGACCUGUAAAAAAGAGCAUCCAUUAUAGUAUGUUGGCGUUUAUCUUGCAUGAUUGUGCCUUUACAGAUAUUUUAACGCUGCUUGUAAAUAUUUUGGAAUCGUCUGAAUGUUACAUGUUGGAACACCUGAUGAGAUACUACUAAUGCUACUACUGUUUUACUACUACCUUUUUUUUUUUU